CUUGCCUCAGCCUUCUUGAAUGCCCUGUCACUUCAGGUCUGUACCAGCCUGACCAAGUGGGACCAUGUCUACCUUUGGCUACAGAAGAGAGCUCAGUAAAUAUGAAGAUAUUGAUGAAGAUGAGCUCCUGGCUUCUCUCACAGAAGAGGAGCUGAAGGAGCUGGAGCGGGAGCUGGAGGACAUAGAGCCCGACCGGAACCUUCCCGUGGGGCAAAGGCAGAAGAGCCUGACUGAGAAAACACCCACGGGGACUUUCAGCAGGGAAGCACUGAUGGCCUAUUGGGAGAGGGAGACCAGGAAACUCUUGGAAAAAGAGAGGCUGGGUGCGUGUGACAAGGAUUCUGAGCAAGAAGAAGAUAAUUCAGAAGAUAUUCAAGAAGAAUAUUUCACAGAAAGCAAUAGUGAAGUGUCUGAGGAGGCAUAUACUGAAGAGGAUGAAGAAGAAGAAGAAGAAGAAGAUGAAGAGGAGGAGGAGGAGGAAGAGGGAGACAGCAGUGAUGGUGAGGAUGAGGAAAAGCAAUAUGCUGCAGCUGGUGAAAAACCUGAGGCUGGCAGGAGUUCUGACCGGAUCAGACACAAAAGGUGUAACGGUGAAAGGGACAAUGAAAACUUACUCAAUGGCCAUGAUGGAAAAGAUACUGACAGUCUGAGCUCAAAAAGCAAAGCCAUCCACCCUUGUGGAAAUCCAACAGUUAUAGAAGAUGCUUUGGAAAAAGUUAGGAGCAAUGAUCCUGAUACCACGGAGGUAAAUCUGAACAACAUUGAAAAUAUCACUUCACAGAUGCUUAUACAAUUUUCUCAAGCCUUGAGGGACAACACAGUUGUUAAGUCAUUCAGCUUGGCUAACACACAUGCUGAUGACAAUGUUGCAAUAGCUAUUGCUGGUAUGUUAAAGGUAAAUCAGCAUAUAACUAGUCUAAAUAUUGAGUCAAAUUUUAUCACAGGCAAAGGAGUGCUGGCCAUUAUGAGAGCUUUGCAGAGUAACAAGGUUCUAACAGAACUGCGGUUCCACAAUCAAAGGCACAUCAUGGGCAGCCAGGUGGAAAUGGACAUAGUUAAACUUCUGAAAGAGAACACAACUCUGGUCAAGCUUGGAUACCACUUUGACCUUGCUGGCCCGAGAAUGAGCAUGACAAGUAUCCUGACAAGAAAUAUGGAUAAACAAAGGCAAAAACGUAUGCAGGAGCAGCGUCAACAAGAGUCUGGUGAUGGAGCCAUCAAUGCGAAGAGCAAAGUCUUUCAGAAAGAGACGCCUCGGUCCUCACCUUAUGUGUCCCCUAAGAGCUCCCCUUGGUCCUCUCCAAGGCUCCCUAAGAAAGCAGUGCCUGUGAAAAGUCAGACUCCAGCUCCUGCACCCCCACCUCCCCCUCCGCCCCCACCCCCACCACCCCCUCCUCCCCCAGUUAUUCCAGAGAAGAAGGCACCAACCAGGAAUAUAGCUGAAGUCAUCAAACAGCACGAAAGCUCCAAAGAAGCCUUACAGAAUGGACAGAAAAAGAAAAAAGGCAAAAAAAGCAAAAAACAUGAGAACAGCUUAUUGAAAGAAAUUAAAGAUUCUCUAAGAUCAGUCUCAGACAGAAAAUCAGAGGAAGGUUCACAACCUUCCACCCGUCCCUCCACGCCACAGCGGUCUCUCCAUGACAACCUUAUGGAAGCAAUUCGUUCAAGCAGCCUAAAGCAAUUAAGGCGGGUUGAUGUACCAGAAGCUCUUCGGUGAAAGCCUGGACAAGAGAAGAAGCAGAGCACUGCAGUGCUCAAGGAGAGGCUGAUCAUCUGUUAACAGAGACUGCCUAGCAAGCUGCUUCCAAAGCACACUCUUAGAUUAAAACUAUUUCUCUUUUCUUUCAAAGAAAUAAACCUGCUAAAGACAAAAAAAUGCAUUUGCUUUGUAAUCUGUAAAUAUGGAAAUAAUUUUUUUUUUAUUUAAUGAGAUUUCUAUUGAGAAAUUGCUGCUUAAUUAAAAUAUUCUUUUCAUUAUCUGAUUGCACAUCACUGGAAAAGUUCUUCACACUGAGAUGUAAUAGUUUACCAAACUGUUUUUUUUUUCUUCUUCUUUUUCUUCCCCCAUGAAUUUACAAUAAAUGUUGUUUGAAGCUUUCAA